AUGGUUUUCAACGGCGUCGGUACCUACGAGAUUGUGCCAUACCAGGCUCCGACUCUCAAUCUCAAUGCAUGGGAAGGCUUGCUCACACCUGGAGCAGUUGUCAGAACAUACGCUCGUGGCGAUGCACCAAGCGACAACGCCAAGUGGCAGGUUGCACUCGUUUCUGGCUCAGGGGAAAGCGCCGAGUAUUUGAUCAUCAAUGUUCGCAGCGGUUUCUUCCUCGCCGCAACCGGCGACAACAAGAUUGUCUCUACUCCUCAAAUUUCCCCAACUGAUCAGUCUGCCCGCUGGACUAUCAAGGCCGCAACAACCAAUGGCUACCAAGUCUUCACUAUCAACAACAAGAUUUCUAGCCGUGGCCAACUCUCCGUAAAAGACUUUGGCACCCAAAGUGGGGCUGACAUUCUCUCCGCAUCUUCAAAGAGUGAGGAUAACCAGAAAUGGUAUUUUGAUCCCAGUAAAUAA